GAGGGUGUGUGACUUUACAUCGGGGGUCAUCGUCGCCGUUGUCGUCGUCGUCGUCGUCGCUGCCGUCGUCGUUGUCGCAGCACGCGGCGCGUGGGUGUCGUUGAGAGGGCGCACACUCGCGCGCGGACUAGUGGUACAUCAUGAGCUCCGCGCUGAUCUGGAGUGCAGUGGCGACCCGACCGCGGUCGGCGCCUAGGCUGCUGGCCCGCCUGGGGGUGGUGCGGCGCUCGUUGCGGUACAGCCGCGAGGCCUGUCAUCAGCAGAAUGCAGCACGCCCUCAGCAUAAAAAAUAUGACCAUACCCUCCGGCUACCACGAACGGCUUUCCCCAUGCGCCUGAAUGCGGCGCAGGUCGAGCCCCGGAUCCAGCAAGAGUGUCUCACAGGGCUUUACCCGCAGCUGCGCGACCGACCCGCCGAUUCAAGCUCAGAGGAUGGCCCCGCUGCUUUCAUCCUGCACGACGGACCGCCCUUUGCCAACGGCGAUCUGCACAUGGGUCAUGUCCUCAACAAGGUGCUCAAGGAUGUGAUCUGUCGCUACCAAGCUCUACAAGGCCGCCCGGUCCACUUUCGCCCCGGGUGGGACUGCCACGGCCUCCCCAUCGAGGUAAAGGCCGUCUCGGCGGUCCGCUCCACCGAUGCUUCCGAGGGCGCAGAUGAUGACGCCAAUGCCACGGCCCAACUACUCGACGUUCGGCAAACUGCCGCCACCUUUGCAGCUGGUGCUAUCGACCGCCAACGCACCCUCUUUAAGCGCCUCGGCAUUCUUGCCGACUGGGAACGCCCUUACAUCACCAUGACCCCAGAGUACGAGGCUGCUCAGCUCAAGCUCUUUCACCACAUGCUUGAUCAAGGCCUCGUUUAUCGCCGCUUCUGCCCCGUGCAAUGGUCGCCCCAAUCCCAAACAGCCCUCGCCGAGGCUGAAGUGGAGUACUACGACCACACGAGCACCAGCGCCUACGUGCGCUUUCCGCUCAUCAACCGACCCACUGGCACCGACCCAGAUACCCCCAUCGCGGCCCUCAUCUGGACGACCACCCCGUGGACGCUUCUAGCCAACCAAGCGCUAGCCUUCAAUCCAGGCCUUCGCUAUGUUCUUGUACGUCCUACUCCGGAAGCCCAUGAGCUGCUCCUUAUUGCAUACGACCGCCUCGAGGCUCUUCGCCAAACUCUACAACAACCCCUCGACGUGAUCCAAGAUGUUCCUGCCACAGCCCUUGGUGACCUCCAGGCGCAGCACCCCCUGCACUCCCGGACUAUCCCCUUCAUUGCGGGAGACCACGUGACCAGCGACGCCGGCACGGGCGUGGUCCACACAGCCCCAGCGCAUGGCGUAGAGGAUUUUCGAGCCUGCCAGCGCGUUGGUAUUGACGUGGAAUUUAACCUCGUCGACGGUCGUGGUCGCUAUCGAGAUGCAGCUGGCCCCCAACUAGCAGGCCUCGAGGUCUUGGGUGAAGGCAACACUACCGUGCUGGGUCAACUUGAGGCCGCAGGCAGCUUGGUGCAUCGUGAAGCUUAUCAACAUCGAUAUCCUUAUGACUGGCGUACCAAGACCCCGCUGCUCUUUCGUGCAACGCGCCAGUGGUUUGCCGACCUCCGGCACAUUGGCGAACACGCGCGCGACGCCCUAGCCGACGUCCAUGAGACAGAUCAGCCUCUGGUGGCACCUGAAGCACUCGCUCACAUACGCGAGUGCAUUGCAGAGCACGGCUCGGACUUUUGGUGGCGAGCCUCGGUUGCCGAAUUGCUCCCCUUGGAUUUGCAAGCGCAGGCCACUCGCUACAAAAAGUCGACCGACACACUGGAUGUCUGGUUUGAUAGCGGUAGCUCUUGGAGCGCCGUGCUUGAAGCUGACCACGGCGAGAACGCAAGAGCAGAUGUGUAUUUGGAAGGCUCAGAUCAGCAUCGUGGCUGGUUCCAGUCGAGUCUAUUGUUGCGAUCGGCGACCCGCCCAGAUGGCCAAGCUCCCUAUCGCCAGCUGCUUACACAUGGCUUUGUGCUUGAUGAGCAAGGUCAAAAAAUGUCCAAGUCACUGGGCAACGGCGUGGACCCGAGCGUUGUCAUCAACGGUGGCAAGAACCUCAAGCAAGAGCCGGCCUACGGCGCAGACACCCUUCGUCUGUGGGCUGCCUCGGUUGAUUACACCAAUGACGUCUCCAUUGGCCCCAACACGCUACGCAUCACUCACGAAAAUCUGCGAAAGAUCCGCAACGCUCUGCGAUUUAUGCAUGGCAAUCUUGGCGCUGCAGAGCCGGCCUUGGCAAGUGGAUCGGCAAUAGUAGAGCUUCCCUCACUGGAAGCUUAUCUGAUGCAUCUCCUCGCCGACUACGAAGGCAGCGUGAAGGCAGCCUAUGACCAGCACAAUUUUCUUCGCGUACACCAAAUAACACUCAACUUUAUCCAAACGAACCUCUCUGGAUUCUACUUUGAGAUUAUCAAGGAUCGUUUGUACGCUGGUGGCCAAGACAGCAGCUACCUUGCCACACUCACCGUUCUGCGCCACAUGCUCACGGCUUUUGAGCAAGCUCUGGCACCGAUUUUGGUGCAUACGAUUGAGGAAUCCUAUGAAAUUAGUAAGACGUAUGGUGCUGCCAGUGAGGCUCACAGCUCGGUGAUGCUCCGUCCGUGGACAUCCUUCGCGGAGUGGCACCAGCCGGCUCUCGGCGAGCGGUUCGACGCUGUGCGAGAGCUGCGCCGCGAGGUUUUCCGCCUGGUCCAAGCCACGCGUGAGACGGGCGCCAUCAAGGGUGGUAGUGAUGCGCGCGUGAGCGUGCGUCUCCCUUCGGCCACGGGCCGCCUUGUCUACGAAGCACUUGAUCAUGAUGCGCUGACCGAGGUGCUGCUCGUCAGCCAGACGAGCUUUGCCCGCGCUGCGCUACCCUCUUACCAGAACCAUAGCUCACCCGAGGUAGACAAAAAAGAAUUGAAAUUUUUAGACCAAAGUGAAAAAAAAAAAGUCAACAGUAGGAUGAAGCCCUUUGAGAAGCGUGCGGAGCAGCCUUCGACCCUCAACAUGGAUGAUGAUCACAUCCGCCACGUUGAGCGGGAGGUCAUCAUCCGGAAAAUGGUCAAGGAGAGCGCCGGGCAGUUUUGCCAAGACGAGAUGAAAGCUUUUGCUGAUUGCGCCCGGGGCCGCUCCAUCUCUGUCGUUUGGGCAUGUCGCGAAGUCAAUGACAUUAUGAAGCGUUGUAUCGCAUCACACAUGACAGAUGCAGACUUUGAGCGCGAGACGCAGCGAUUUAUUGAGCUUCGCCGACUCAACCGCGCGCGCCUGGCACAAAGUGAAGAGCACCAAUAG